GUCAGACACGAUCUGGAGUAACAAGUGGAUUUGACGUUUAGCUUUUCUCACCAUCGCGCUUAGAACUCCUCUGCUCUGUGCUGAACCUGGACCAUGGACUCAGAUACGAGCCGCAGUACAAGUAGACCUUCCUCCCCCGAGGUGGACGACAUCUUCCUGUCAACUCUGAAAAAGUCCGCGCACGGUUUCUCCGGCGCAGUGUCCUCCACACAGAGCGACUCCUCAGAUCUUGCCGGCCUGCGCGGCCUCUCCGGCCUCUCCGGCUCAGACGAGGAGACCCUCGCCCUCCGACUGGCCUUGAAGAAAGACCGUAAACUCAUGUCAGACGGCGAGCUGCAGACGAUCCGCCUCAAGAUCAACAGCCGAGAGAGGAAAAGGAUGCACGACCUGAACGUGGCCAUGGACGGGCUUCGUGAGGUCAUGCCAUACGCGCACGGACCGUCUGUGCGUAAACUCUCCAAAAUCGCCACCCUGCUGCUGGCUAGAAACUACAUCCUGAUGCUGAGCAACUCACUGGAGGAGAUGAAGCGACUGGUCAGCGAAAUCUACGGCAGCAGCGGACACCACGGUGGCUUCCACCCAUCAGCUUGUGGGACUAUGACGCACGCGGGACCCGUGCCAGGACACCCUGUCGCCUCUCACGCCUCACACCCGGCUGUGCACCACCCGCUCCUCCCGCCGGCUGUCUCCACCGCCUCUCUGUCCGCGCCCGGCAUCGCUGCCGUCACUUCGGUCAGACCCCAUCACGGACUCCUCAAAGCUCCUGGUGCCAGUGCAGGGCCGCUCGGAAGCAGCUUCCAGCACUGGGGCGUCAGCACAGGGAUGCCGUGCCCGUGCAGCAUGUGCCAAGUCCCGCCUCCGCAUGUGUCAAGCAUGAGCACCGUCACCAUGCCGAGGCUGACCAGCGACUCCAAGUGACUCCAAAGUAAACGGAGACGAACUUUUGGGGUUGUUACAAACUCUCUGCCCACAUUAUUACAACUUUAAUUUAUCAUUGUUGCGUCCAUGGAGCCAGUAAAGACUGAUGCAUUGAUUCUCCUCUCUGGGACUUUUUGGGGGUUUUGCAACUAACUUAGUGUUUUUAUGGUUAUUAACAUUAAGUGUAACAAGUGUUUCUUCACAGAUCUCUUCAAGCAAACACAAACUCAGCUUUCACAAUUUAUAAAUCUUUGACGGCCCAGGUGAUAGCCAGUGAUUAGUUCUCAUGUGGGCUUGCAGCUGAAAAAGUUCCACAUUCAAACCCCAAAUGUAGAGUGUAAAUAUAUAGAUGGUUUCUUCAGUUUAAAUAGUUGGAGAUAUUAUAUAUUAGAGUCUUGUUAAUUUGUGGGAACCCCCCCACCCCCACCCCUCACAUGUUGCACCUGCUUUAUUCUGUCUGUCUUAUUCAAAGCGUUUCUUCUUGUUUCCUCCUUAGUAGGCUGUCGAUCUCUGCAAACAAUGACCACUUCUUUAUUUUUUUUAAUGAAAAAAAAAGAAGGAAAAUAUUUAUUUACUUAUUCGGAGGGGAAUUUCAGACGAAUCUCUGAUUAUGUUGGGAUUUGACAUGUAAAUAAAGAUGAAUAAUUGAAAAU